AUGACAAGCAACCCAUUACAAACAAUUGAUGUUAAACAACCGGAAAAUGAGGCAGCAGCCAAACUUUUAGACGCUGCCAGAAAACAAGGAUUUUUGUUUGUCGAUGGCCACGAUUUCACCCAAGAGGAAGUUGACAAACUGUUUGAAUUGUCUCAGAAGUUCUUCUGCUCUACUCCACACGAUGAAAAACUGCAAUACUUUUUUAAUGCUGUGAACAAUUUCGGAUAUACCGAUUAUUCCAGCGAACAAUUGGACCUCUCUAAAGGUAGAGACUUCAAAGAAUGCUACAAUUUUGGCGCUAUUAAUUUCACCGAAGGGACCUUCAACACCCCAAACCCUAAUGCUGUUGUUGAUCCCAAACAGAACGAGACUCCAAAAGUGCUAAGCGAUGAAUAUGAAUUUAUUAUUACCGUUCUUAGAAAGUAUCACAAGGUUGCUACAGAAAUUUUGAGACUAGUUACAAUAGCUCUUGGUAUUGAAAAUAAAACUUUCUUUACUGAUAAAAUGAGACCAGACCAAAAGAAUGGAUGCGUCAUGCGUUUUUUACACUAUCCCUUGAUUAGAGAGGACGAUUUGAACCCAGAUUCAGGAUUGGAUCCUACUAUUAGAGCAGGUGCUCAUACUGAUUAUGGUGCUCUUGCAAUGCUUAUGCAAAAAGAAGGCCAACAAGGAUUGGAACUACAAAUUGAUAAGAAUUCUGAGGAAUGGGUUAAAGUGCCCUUUGUUCCAUCUAAAUACGAAGGAAUGGCACCUCCAUUGGUAGUCAAUUUCGGUGACAUGCUAUCUUAUUGGACCAACGGUAUCUUAAGAAGUACAAACCAUAGAGUUAAGUUUUCUCCCGGCGAAACAAGAACCUCUGAUCGUUAUUCUAUCGUAUUCUUUGUUCAUCCUGAUGCAGAAACCACCCUUGAUCCGGUUCCUAGCAAAAUUGUACAGGAAGCAAGAGUGGGUGAAGAGCCACCAACACUAACUGCAUUGCAGUACUUGCGCAAACGCUUAGAUGAAACAUAUGAUUGGAAAAAGAAUUAA